UUGGGCCGCACCUGUCCAAGCUACAUUCAGACAGGAUUAAAAUCACUGCCGAUACCAGCAGGGGUUGCCUGUUCCGACCACUGGAUGCUGCGCUUAUUCCCGACACCUUCCCAACAUCAGCUUCCCUGCCCCGGUCACAGCCGCGCCUCCACCUUCCAGCGACACGGUCGCAUUUAGGACAUUUCCAUCCUCAAUCCCUCAUAUCCGCCUGUUUGUGAGAUGCUUGGCCGCUAAUGGGCUGCGGGACAGAAUGGGGAUUUGCGUCGGUGUCGUCCCGCAGCCCAGACCUGCCUGCCCGGGGCUUUCUGGCCUCAGUACGUUAGCUAGCGAACAGACAGUUUUCUGAUCAGAGGCCCUUGGACUGCUUCAUGAGCAAACAUGAGAUUUUCCCCGGUUUAACUGGAACAAUGCAAAAGGAAGUGCGGCGGCGGAUCGACAGGGUUUCUGAAAACUACGGCCAGGAGAUGCUCCACAGGGCGUCAGCUGGAGGCAGCUCCAAGAAACGAUCACAGAUGCUACUACAGGAUACUACUGCCUGCGGUGUAUAAAAUCAAGACUGGAGAUACGGAUUGACAGCAGACACACCAGUAAACCAAUGUGAACAGUGAUGAGCCCACAUUCUGUGCUGUCACUGGGACCUGGGAUCUACUGGCACGAGCGUCUGUGGUAAACACGGAGACAUGACAUGCACAAGAAAAAAGAGGAAACGCAGCUUUGGCUUCUCUAAAGCCUUUGUCUUUUAAAAGGAGUCCGCAACAGGCUCUCCCAAAAACCUCUUUAAAAGACUUGGACCACUGACACAGUUGCCAAUACUGCUGUCUUUCUUAUUUAACUAACCGAAUUGUUUCCGGUCAGUCAUUUUUCUUUGGGAACAGCCAGGUGGAUCGCUGUAGCCUGUAUUUCAUGUUGACUGCAACAGACGGCUUGCCUGCUAGAGUCUGGAGGACAAGCAGUCCACAACAGGUUCCUGGACAGGAUUAGGAGGUGAGACAACAUAAUACACCAACAAAGGGACCCUUCUCGAAAUGGGGCAAUGUGGAUUAAGGUGUUCCUGUUCCUUGUGAACUGCAAAAAGGAAGCAACCACGAGGACGAAGGAACAACUAGCAGACGGAGGAGGUGGUGGGGGAGGGGUGGCUUUGGUACCUGAAGAAAAGGUGGUAUGGGUGGGGGGGCAUUCAGGAUGGCAAAUGGAAACGAGAGCAUCGAAGGUCCUGCUGGGGCCAUGGCAGCAGUGGUGGCCACUGCAGGAGGUAUGGUAGCAGAGAGUCCUUCCUCGGCUAUCUCUACCUAUAUCAAACUGGUGCUUCUUGGGCUGAUCAUCUGCAUUAGCCUAGUGGGCAACUUGGUGGUAUCACUGCUUGUGCUGCGGGACCAGGCCUUGCACAAGGCACCUUAUUAUUUCCUGCUGGACCUGUGCCUGGCCGACACCAUUCGCUCAGCCAUCUGCUUCCCCUUUGUGCUGGUGUCUAUAAAGAAUGGUUCAGCCUGGACCUACAGUGUGCUGAGCUGCAAGGUAGUGGCCUUCAUGGCAGUGCUCUUCUGCUUCCAUGCCGCUUUCAUGCUAUUCUGUAUCAGCGUAACACGCUACAUGGCCAUUGCACACCAUCGCUUUUAUUCAAAGCGCAUGACAUUCUGGACAUGUGUGGCAGUGGUGUGCAUGGUGUGGACGCUGUCUGUAGCAAUGGCUUUCCCACCUGUUUUUGAUGUGGGUACCUACAAAUUCAUUCGUGAGGAGGACCAGUGCAUCUUUGAGCAUCGCUACUUCAAAGCUAAUGAUACAUUAGGCUUCAUGUUAAUGCUGGCCGUGCUGAUUCUUGCUACACAUGUUGUAUACAUGAAGUUACUCCUCUUUGAAUACAAACACCGCAAAAUGAAGCCGGUCCAGAUGGUGCCGGCCAUCAGUCAGAACUGGACCUUCCACGGGCCUGGGGCUACUGGUCAAGCAGCAGCCAACUGGAUUGCAGGCUUUGGCAGGGGCCCAAUGCCGCCCACUUUGCUGGGAAUCCGGCAGAACUUGCACAACCAGAACCGGCGCCUGUUGGGUAUGGAGGAGUUCAAAGCGGAGAAGCAGCUUGGCAGGAUGUUCUAUGUGAUCACCCUGCUGUUCCUGGUGCUCUGGUCUCCCUAUAUAGUGGCUUGCUACUGGAGGGUGUUUGUCAAGGCUUGCACAAUACCACAUCGGUACCUCUCCACCACCGUGUGGAUGAGUUUCGCUCAAGCCGGGGUCAACCCUAUUGUCUGUUUCUUCCUAAACAAAGACUUGAAGAAAGGGCUCCUUUCCCAUCUACCAGCCUGCUGCAGGACUAAACCUCAUCUGCCACGAGAGCCUUAUUGCGUCAUGUAAGCAGAGAUGAUGAUCUAAACAUGGAGAAAAAUCAUCAAACCAACAGAUGUGUUGUGGGAGUGUUUGGUCGAGUUAUUGUGGUGUUUGAUUCAAUGCAAGCUACUUCUAAGUAGUGGGUGUAAACUUGUGAGUGUAAUGGUAAAAACACUGGAAUGAUAAGCAUGUAUUCAGUCUACCAACCCUUUUCACACAAAACAACGUACAUGGAGUCAUGACUUUUGAAUAAUAGAGAAAAAUACAUUAACAGCAAAAGAUGCAAAUAAUGACACAGUCAUUGUGGAAGCCAAGCCAGUCAAAUAGCCACCAACAAAUUGUAUAAGCUGCUUCAUAAAGAAUGUUAAAAAAUGGAUUGACAAGAAUGUUUGAGGUGUUCUGGUGACAUAAAGAAUCCUAAGGGAAGCAAAGAAGCAACUUUCCUAGUCUCAAUCUAAAUUUUCCUAACAUACUUAGUUUGACAAGCCAGAUAAUGUUAUUUGUAUAGAGACAGCGGAGAGGAAAUGAGGUAAAGAGAUGCAACAAAGAGUCACGGCCAGAGUUAAACUGGGAACACUGCCGUUCAUGGUUGGCAUCUUAACCCACUACCCACAGGGGCGACCCCUAACUGCACCUUUUUAUUAGUAUUUACUUUUUAGCACUUGACAACAUUACUUAUACAAAAUAAUUCCAAGGAUCUGUGAGCUUAACAUUUGGAUUUUUGGACACAACACUCUAUCCAAAGACAGUCUCUCUUUGUUCUUUUAUUUACCCAUGUAGAGACACAAAAAAUCAUGGUAAAGUUUGUAUAGUCUGUUAUGUAUGAAGUCAGUUUUAAAGUUGGGAAUCGUUUUAGUUAUGAAAUACAAUAUGUCACACUCAUUCUUCAAAAUUAAAUAUGUUAGGUCUUUGAGGAAUUGAGAAUUGAAACUUGAAUUUAGUAGAAGAAACAAAGGCAGCCUCAAAAACAUGUGCUGGGGUUCUUUGACUUAGUGACCAGUUAAAUAGUUUAAACUUAUCUCACGUUUGUCGUGAAAUAUAAGUGCUCCUAUGAAUAGCCUUCACUGAACAAGGAACAUAUUGCUGGUUCUUUUGUCUGAGGCAAAAACAUUAGUGUCAGGAACUUCCAACAAGUGCUGUGCACCAGCUUUUAUAACUAUGAUGACGUAUUUUCUUUGAUUUAAUCUUUGUUGACCAGUUACCCCUGUCUACUCUGUCUCAGUCUGUUACUUAUUGAUGCUAACUACAAUUUUCCAGGUGGCUGCAGACAUUCGACUACUAUGUGUGCUAUUAUUUUCUGUGUACCACUUAAAGACAAAAGAUAAAACCUGACUAGCUCAGUUAAGUAGAGUUAACAGCAGAUAACCUAUGAUGUGAAUCUGAACACAGUGCCCAGUUGCAUAAAAUGUUUAUUGUGGAAAGUUACAUUUUUCUUACCUAACCAUUGCAUUGAACCAGAAGUGGUUGAAAAGAUGACUGAGGAUGUGUUGGAAAUCACUUCCCAUCGGCUACUUAGUGCACUGUAUUUACUUUAUGCUCUUUCUAAUGUCUAAAUAUUAAGAAGUUUAUAAUGUAUGCCCUAUUGGAUCGAAAUUAAUAUUCAACAAAUCAUUUUAUUUAUUUAUUUAUUUUUAUUUUUUUUACUAACUUUGUCUUUUUAUGCCUAUGGCACAAAAAAAAAAAAAAAUUGUUCCAGUCACUUCUCUUCUGAAGUUUGUGAAGCAGGAGAAAGAAAGCUACAGUUUUCUUUCUCCUAUUCAGUAGGAAAUGUCAGACAGCAUGCUGUAUCCAGUUAUAAAAAUCAGUAAAGUAUAGAUGCAUGCAACAUAUGUGCGACAUGAUAUCAUGUCGCACAUAUGUUCAUAAUUCACACAAAAUGUUGGCAGAGCAGUUUAGGGUUAUAUACAUUUGGAUGGUAACACAGAGCUGAUGGUCUGUGACAGUCUGCUGUUUUAGAUCAGCAAUGUCGAGAUAGUUUUCUGCUGGUCCGCCAAACAAAUUUGUGUGUCAUAAAUGUGUCCUGUGUGAAAUCUUAAUUUACUUAUUCACCAGAGUAACUAUGGCAUGAUCAUUAUGUACAAGUGAGUGAAUGAGGGGGUGAUUUUGGACAUAGAGUGAUUUCUAACAGUCCAGCAGGAAUCAGAUCUUGAUUGCCAGUCCCAGCUGAUAUUGUUGUUAUUACUGACUGACUGCACUGGACUGAGAAGGACAAACAUGUUAGAUUAAUAAGCCAAAGCAAAACAAACAUUGCAAAGUAGAUGUAAUGUAUCUGAAGAAAGAAUUUGGCAUGGAAUAAAACACAUGAGAAAGUCUACAGGACAAAAGGAGGUGAUAAAACCCUAAAGCCUUUUGUUGUCUUCACUCACUCAUGCUUUUCAGGCUUGAAAUAAACCUACAAACAAAACCGAACUGGCACAGGAUGUUUCCUAAAGGACAAAUCAUACAUUACAUCUGUAAAGCAGUUUUUACUGAGGACAGAUGAGGGACUAUGUAACUGGGCACUGAUCACGGUAUUUAGCUCUUCGAUCACAGUUUCUUUAAAAGCCUCAUUUUCUCCAUGUGAACAACAGCAGAUAUCAAGUGAAAUGUGAAAUACGCAACCAAAGCACAGGCCAGACUGUCUCCCCUGCAGCAGACAGGAGUUUUAGAAGCCUCCUCACUCACAUUAAUUUCCUGUCAACUCUACGCUUAGUCUAGGUUUGAUCACAUAUGUAUCUUGAUGUUACUGAUUUAAAAUGAGCUUUACCCAUUCACAGUAACCUGUUGGUAUACAGUAGAAGCCCAUUUCUGUCCACUUUAGGACUUUUGAAAUCAAAAUAGUGAAACACUAAAUCAAAUCGACUUUUCCAAGAUGUUUUUAGGUCAGAGAUAUGAGACAAAGUCAAAAAUUUACCUUGCUAUAUCAGACUGAUUGAAAGCCCAAUCAAUUGUGACACAAAUCAAAACUUAAAUUUCUCAUUAAAUUUAUGAGGACAAAGGUAAACAUUACAACUAUGCUGCUCACAUCACAAAGUGGAGCAGUGGUGGCUUUAACUAACUAUCUAUCAUCUAACAAUCUAUCAAGAGUUAAGGAAUUAAAUUAGAUUUAAAUCAUCAUCAUUAUUUCACCCACAGUACAGAUGGGAUGAGGAUGCACAUCUACUGCUUUAUUUUUGCACAAAUCUAGAUAAAUCAAUUGACUGUGCUUGUUUCUUGUUUAUCUCUGAGAAUGAUUUGUAACUUGAAAUGGAGUUUAGGUGGAAGUAAAGUACAGGGCACACAGAUUGUAAUUUGUCAGUGAAUGUCUGAAAAUGUAAUACAGUCCCUAAGACUAAGGGAGAAUAGUGUGUUUUGGGGUUAGAGGUGCCCCAUUAUCUCUGCUGUGGCAUUUCUGACACAGCCAAUAAAAGCAUGUCACAGAGAAUUGCUAAUCUUAUUUUCAUUUUCAGAAUUAUGGCCUUACUCCAUAAAACCGUCAAACCAAUGCAACAAAGAGUAGAGAAAUGUGUCUCUUCUGUAUGCGCUGAAGUCAUUCAAAAAGAGGAAACAGAGCACUGUGUACACUAGUGACAUUUGGAAGACUUGUUGCACUUCCCAUCAAAACCUGGAGGGACUGUGGUCAUGGACAGUUGAUGGGGAAAAAAAAAAAACAUUCUCAGUGGUAGAAGUGACUUUUCUAUUGUAGAUUGAUGAUGUGAGUGAACUAUGCUCUGGAUUUUUGUGGAACUGCUUUUCUCAGUUGUUUUCCUCUCUGGUAUCAUCCUGGGGAAUGGAGGAAAAAUGACUGGUCUUUUUUGUUUCUGACUGGUCUGUUUUCAUUUCUGAGACAAAGCCUGAGAAAAAGUAUGGAUUCACAGUUGGUCCUGGAGAGGCCUGACAGUGCUUUUUUAGUUGCCUCAGGCUAAUUAUCUUUUGUAAAUUUACUGUGACCUCUGUACUAUUUAGUGUGUAUUAUAUUGACAGCAAACUAACUUUGAAAUGCAACAGAAGAGUUCCUGAUCAUUGCAUUUUUACUGUGACUGUGUGCGAGUGUGCGUAAGUGUAUGUAUGUGUUGCUAUUGGCAGGUAUGAAUGUGUGCAUGUGUAAGAUAAUGGUUACAUGGAUGACAAAGGAAAGCGAGACAGAAAAUACUGAACGGCUACAUAUUGCAUUUUGAAGAUAUCAUUCCUGCAAAUGCUUCCUCAGUAUUUCUCAUGUUCACCUGUUUUCUGAUACAAAGAUUUGAAUGUUUUCAAACCAAUGAAGUUUACUAUGUCCCCUUUUUUAAAUCAUGUAAUAGAUGAUUAUUAAUUGGAGUGGAUUUCUUUUGUACAUAUUUAGGGACAAUGAAGGUUAAAAAAAAAAAAAAAAAAAAAAAAAAAAAGCAUCUGGACAGGCCAAAUAUGAUUGCAUACACUAGCAUCUUUCUGAAUGUUUCAUUGAAGAACUAAUACAUAAAAAUUGAAAUAUUUCAAACUACAAUUUUCAUGAUGAUAAAUAACCAAAAAUUGCACAAAACACUUGGCAGUUUGACUGACAUCAAAUCAGCAGGGUAACACCAAAAUAUUCAGUUUCUCUAAAAGCACUGAACUGCAGAGACCUGUCAACACAAUGACAUCACAGUCUGAGGGGUCAACGAAGACCAGCAGGCAGAUUAUCAGACAGGUCGGAAACAAAGCAGCAGUUUAUUAGCCUAACAUAUUUGGAAAAGAAAAUAGAAGCAAACAGUAAAAUUAUGACCCAAACUGUCUGUUGUAAACAUUCACUUCCUGCUUCCUGCUUUCAACCUUGUGCUGAGUUUUCCUGUUUAAUGAGGGACUCUUACUUACAUUUCGGAUAGAUGAUUGCUCACUUUGAAAUCCAAAUAAGGUGGUGUAGGUAAUCUGGGUCAACUGUUGGUUUCCAACCUGUCUGAUCAUCCACUUGUGCUUCUUCUUUCCAGACUUUCACUGUUGGCGUGUUCCCAGAUCUAAGAAGUAACCGAUAGACAUGACUGCUCAAAUUACAAAAAGAAAUAAACCCCAACUAAUAAUUAACUGUUAUUAUCUUAUAAUGUUUGUCUUUUGUCUCAAAGUCUGCCUCUGCUACCUUAUUUUGUUGCACUUAUUAAGCAGCACCAGAGGCUACCUGUCACAACAGCAAUCUGCUUGAUACUGUAUCACAAAGUAUCUGAUGGUCCUUUUCACUGCAGGUUUUAUUCAGACAGAAUGAUUUUAUAAAACUGAACAAGCUAGUAUGGAACUCCCUAAAUCCUGAAAGAUGGUAUUUUCUUAUCUUGAUAAUAACUUGUACACAAGAAAGUAGAAUUAUGACACUCCCUCCAUCCUGGGCUCUGCAGCAUGAUUGUCCUCAAUUAGGUCAGCAAAGUCAAAAAUGUAAGCUUGCUUGUUUACAGAAGUUAAACAGAGUUGGGUCUAGCAGUUGUAAUAAUUCAGUUUUAAUUAAACAGAACUGGGUUUGAUUCUUUUUGCUGUCAUGACUGGCAGUGGGACUGGGCCCCAGCAGUAAAUGAGUCAGAUACCAAUUUGACGAGUGACUGUCCAAAUCAGUCGUUGGUUGUAUCUUUGAGUGUCUUAGAGAGGGCGCCAGGCCUAUGAAUUCUCUGGAAAGUCUUUCAUUUCAACCUUAAAAUAGGUUAAAAGACAAAAUCUUAUCUCAGUGCAUCAUGAAGUCAGAUAUCACACAUAAAAGAUACCAAAAGGUUUGAAGGAUGUGAAAGGAAUUUCUUCAAAUCAUGGAGACAGAUGCUCUUGUUUCCCUUUGUUCUGUAUUAUUUUUCAAAAUGGUUGAGCUAUUAUGCAUGUACCUGACAAUUUAAGAUUUUUGUUUGUCGGUUUUGUAAUAAAAAUAAAUUUCAUUUGAAAUGA